UGUGUGGUGUGUAAUGUGUGUGUGUGGUGUGUAAUGUGUGUGUGUGUGGUGUGUAAUGUGUGUGUGUGGUUUCGCCUCGACAUUCCCACAUGAGCGCGUGUUUUGUUGGAGUGUGUGAAGCGGAGCGGCUGAGUGCUGUGUGCUGGCGGCUGUGAGAGCGCUAUGGACGCUGCUCCUCCUGUCACUGAGAGGAUGGAGGCUUGGCUCGACGACAACCGGGAUUUCGCUCACUCCUAUUUCAUCCGGAAAGCGAGCCGGGAAAUGGUCAAUGCUUGGUUUGCUGAGCGUGUGCAUUCCAUCCAGCCAUCCCGGGAAGUAUCCAAGACUCUUCCAGACGGCUCGAAAACUCUUGCAGAAGCAAGCGCCCUGACCGCUUCAGGCUCCACAGAGACUCCUUCACCCAGUCCGGUUCCUUCUACACCCACACGCAAGAUCUCUGCAUCCGAGUUCGAUCGGCCGCUACGACCUAUCGUGGUGAAGGACGCAGAGGGCUCGCUUACUUUCCUCAGCGACACAGAACGGGUGCCCAUGCCACCUCCAGCUCCUUCGCACAAGCUGGAGCGGACAGGGGGGGACCGUUGCGCCCGUCUUCUCGAGCUUGUGCGUGAUGUGUCCAGCCACUUAGACCUGACGGCGCUCUGCCACCGCAUCUUUUUACACACACACGAGCUAAUCGCAGCUGACCGCUACUCACUGUUCUUGGUGUGUGAGGACAGCUCCAACCGAAAGUUCCUGGUCAGCCGGCUGUUUGACGUUGCUGAAGGCUCCACGCUCGAGGAAGCAUCCAACAGAGGCAUCCGCCUGGAAUGGAACAAAGGCAUCGUGGGACACGUGGCAGCCACAGGCCAGCCGCUGAACAUUAAGAACGCCUAUGAGGAUCCUCGUUUCAAUGCAGAGGUGGACCAGAUCACAGGCUACAAGACACAGAGCAUCCUGUGUAUGCCCAUAAAAAAUCACAGAGAUGAGGUUGUUGGUGUGGCACAAGCAAUCAAUAAAAGGUGUGGCGAGAACAGCACCUUCACAGAACAAGAUGAGAAGGAGUUUUCUUCCUACUUGGCUUUCUCUGGGAUUGUUCUGCACAAUGCACAACUCUAUGAGACAUCACAGCUUGAGAACAGGAGGAACCAGGUGUUGUUAGAUCUGGCCAGUCUUAUUUUCGAAGAACAGCAGUCUUUGGAAGUCCUGCUGAGGAAGAUCGCAGCCACCAUCUUGUCUUUCAUGCAGGCUCAGGAGUGCACUAUAUUCAUUUCCGAUGCUGAAACAUUGAAUGCUUUCUCCAGUGUGUUCCACAUGGAGUACGAAGACCUAGCCGGAUCUAUGGACUUCCCUAACAGAGACAGCGAUGUAAGUAAGAUCAACUACAUGUAUGCUCAGUAUGUGAAGAACACCAUGGAGCCACUGAACAUUCCUGAUGUCACAAACCUGAUGUCUGAUCAGCGAUUUCCUUGGACUAGUGAGAACCCAGACUCCCCAACCUACCAUGUGAAGAGUUUGUUGUGCACACCCAUUAGGAAUGGGAAGAAGGAUAAAGUGAUAGGUGUUUGCCAGUUGGUCAACAAGAUGGAUGAAUCUAUGGGUGAGGUGAAGGCCUUUAAUCGGAACGAUGAGCAGUUUCUAGAGGCCUUUGCCAUCUUUUGUGGGCUUGGCAUCCAGAAUACUCAGAUGUACGAGACUGUGGAGAGGGCCAUGGCCAAGCAGGAGGUCACCCUUGAGGUUCUCUCUUAUCAUGCCUCCGCUGCUGAGGAGGAGACGCGGGCGCUCGAGGUAACUGCGGCAGCCACUGUUCCCUCAGCUCAGUCUCUGAGGCUGCUGGAGUUCACCUUCAGUGACUUUGACCUGUCUGAUGCUGAGACCACCCAGGCCACUAUCCGCAUGUUUGUAGACCUCAAGCUUGUGCAGAACUUUCAGAUGAAGUACAAGAGCCUGUGUCAGUGGAUCCUGAGUGUGAAGAAGAACUACAGAAAGACUGUGGCCUACCAUAACUGGCGACACGCCUUCAACACGUCUCAGUGCAUGUUUGCCAUACUCAAAUCUGGGAGAUUACAGAACCAUCUAAGUGAUUUGGAGAUACUGGCCCUGAUGAUUGCAACUCUGUGUCAUGAUUUGGACCAUAGAGGUGUCAACAACUCUUACAUCAAGAGGAGUGACCAUCCUCUAGCUCAGCUCUACUGCCACUCCAUUAUGGAGCACCACCACUUCAACCAGUGCCUCAUGAUCCUCAACAGUCCAGGCAGUCAGAUUCUAAGCAGUCUUUCACUGGAUGAGUAUAAAACUACACUGAAGAUGAUUGAAAAAGCUAUCUUGGCCACUGACCUGGCCCUCUACAUGAAGAAACGCACAGAGUUCUUUGAACUUGCAAAGAACAACCAGUUUCAUUGGGAGGACGAGUGUCACAGAGACUUGCUAAGGUCCAUGCUGAUGACUGCAUGUGAUAUCUCUGCCAUUACUAAACCCUGGCCUGUACAAAAGAGAAUAGCUGAGCUCGUUGCCACAGAAUUCUUUGAGCAAGGGGACAAAGAAAGACAAGAGCUGAACAUUGAACCCAUUGAUCUGAUGAACCGAGAGAAGCGUGAUAAGAUUCCCAGCAUGCAAGUGUCUUUCAUUGAUGCUAUUUGCACACAGUUGUAUGAGACACUGGCCAGUAUGUCGGAUUUCUGCUCCCCUCUGCUGGAAGGCUGCAGGAAGAACAGGCAGAAUUGGAAGCUGCUCGCUGAACAGGCUGAGGAAGCGAGCUUACCGAACGGAGGACUUUAAACGGCUCAUCCCAGUCAGCACAUGAUAAAGUUUACCCCGUUCCCUUACCUCCAGGUCCUUCUUCGUACCACACACACCCACACACCACACUGAAGCUAAUUAUUUCCAGUCAUGAUUCCUGUUAUGAAGAAUUCACCAACCACUAUGGAGCGAAAUAUAAUUGUACCUUUGGGAUGUAGCUGAAUCAUAUUGGUUCCAUGCAGCUUGGGGGGUAAGGGAACGCAGCCUUAAGCAAUAGAUGACUUGCAACCACGUGAUCAAAAUGUGCUACGUCAUGAGCGUCCGCCAUGAUGGUGGAUAUACAAAGCAACUAGGAUGGCAGCCGCCGAAAGCGUCUGUAAACAAUGCUGAAUUUUCUCAGUAUUACCACGAUUUGAACGGUCGAGUGAAGAUUCAAUACAAAGAGAAGGUAGAUCUAUGGUUUUUGACCCAUAUAAUUGAAAAAAGUCAGAUUUUCCUGAAGCUAAGACGCUUCUACCGACAGAUAUCGCGUUCUAUCUGGUUUGGCUGCCGAAGACUGGAUUGUAUAUAAUUUUGCUGGCGCUCCAAGAAGCGAAACGGUAAUACACGUGUUAAAAUUCUAACAAUGACCGAGUGAACCACGACAAUAGACACUCAUUUUAUAACAAAAUUCUAGCAACACGAAAUAAAAUUCUUCCAUGAUAUUAUCGAGAAAGCUUUAGAACCUCACCUGAGAUAAAAUGAUGACUGCAAACACGAGUUGUUUCGGUUUUAGCCUCUAGCACUACGUUCAGACUGCAACCUGAAACGACCCAUAUCCGAUUUGUUGUGAAAUCCGAUUUUUUUGUUAGGCCGUUCACAUUACCAAUUAUAUGAGACUUGUAUGCGAUCUCCAAUAUGAACAGAAAACGACCCAAAAGUGUCCCGCAUGCACAAAUUGACACGUAAUAAGCACAUCUACGUAAUACGUAAACAAAAAAAAAAAAAGCGCACUCUUCAAGUUUGCAAGUAAAGCAUGGAGAUGAGGCGAGACCUGGCGAUGUGGUUUUUGUGGCGGUGGUGGAACUCACACAAUAAUCUGAUUAAUGUGGGCAGCAGACUAACGAGACCGAAGGUGUCAAAUUACUGGAAAUUUCCAGAACAAUCUUAUAAUCUUGUAAUACAGGAUGGUUUAAGUUAUAAAUCAGUUAUAGAAACUGUUUUAUUUAAUCAGGCUAACAGAUCAACAUCCAGGUCCCUACCAAAUCCACCAUUAGCUUGAUCAAUUCUAUAAAAGUCUAUUUAAAUUCUGAAAACUGUACAAAUGUUGUUGUUUUCCACCAAAGAGGCGGGAUUAGCCAACGCAGAAUAGUGACGUUUGUCUCUUGUUGAUGACGUGUAGGUCGCAUGAAUGCGACCUGUCCGGUCAGACUGCAGUCGCAUGUGAAAAUAACAGAUAUGCAUCGGAUUUAGGACCACAUAUCCAAGCGGCCUGGGUCGCAUGUGAAAAAAUCGGAUCUGUGUCGUUCAGAUUGUCAAUAACAAAUCGGAUACAGGUCGCAUAUGGGCAAAAAAUCGGAUAUGGGUCGUUUCAGGGUGCAGUCUGAACGUAGUCUUAGAUCAGCCCCGCUGAUGUUGUUCAGCCGUGCUCGUCUCCUCUCCGUACUAAACCUCAGAGUUUCCUCGCCCUCUUUCCGAAUCACAGACGGAAUUCGAAAGAAUCGGAACGUGCCACGGUCACGAGUACUGUUGUGACCACAACCAUAUACAGCACAAAGAUAUGGCGAAGCUAAAAGAACGCUUAAAGCAGUGGGAAAGCAAAGAGAGUCGCGCACACGAGUAUGUUUUGUAUGGAAUGUCGCUUGACCUCGCAUUUGUAUCUCCACCAACAUGGCCGACAUCCGGGUUUCUAUUUGCUUUGACAUCACUUGCAAGUCAAGGAUAUGGUCUAAAGUACAGACAUUAUUCUGAGUCACCUAUAUGUGUUUGUUACUUAACCCUUUGAUGCAAAACAUACGCACACCCCUUCUAAUGCACAACAUGGGUCAAAAAUGACCCGCAUUCAUUUUCCAGGUUAUUUCAUGCUGACUGAGUUUUUCUUCGCUCUAUCUUUUGAAAUCAAUUUAUUUUAUGAUUGAAUAUUCCAAGUAUUCUUUAAAUAUCUUGUUUUUAAUUACCACAAAUCAUUCAUUUAAUUUUUUCUUUCCUACUUUAUGAACAAAAAUACUUUUUAUAUUACUACACAUGGGUCAUCCAAGUGUGAUUUAA